AUGAGUUCAAAACGUGUAAAAUAUGGUAAUUGGUCACAAGAAUCAUUAAAAAUGGCAGUAAAUGCAGUUUUAGUUGAUGGUUGCUCGAAAUAUUCUGCUGCUAAACAAUAUAAAAUACCAAGACAAACACUACAUGACUAUAUAAAACGAGCACCUGUUGAUAAUUUUGUUAAAAAGUUACGUGCAAGACACCCAACAACACUCUCAGCUUUUCAAGAAAAAGAGCUCGUAGAAGUUCUUCUGACCAUGUCACAGAGAUUGUUUGGUUUGUCUCCAAAAGAUGUAAAACAAAUGGUAUUUCAGUUUUGUGAAGAAAAUAGAAUUAUUCGCAAAUUUAAUUGUGAAAUUAAGUCAGCAGGAAAAGAAUGGUUUAGGGGUUUUUUGAAACGCCAUAAUGAACUCUCUGUCAGAGUUGCUGAGUCAACGUCAUUGCAUCAAGCCAUUGGUUUUAAUAGAAUAAAAGUUAAUCGUUUUUACGAUGAACUAGAAAAAAUAAUGUUUAAUGCUAAUAGGAUGCAGAUUAUUCCACCAUCAAACUUAUUCAACGUAGAUGAAUCUGGAUUGUCUAUUUGCCAUAAACCAGGAAAAAUUGUUGCUCUUAAGGGAAAACACAGUGUUGGUGGCUUAACAAGCUCCGAAAGAAGUAAAACAAUCACAAUAGUUUGUUGCCAAUCAGCAAGCGGGUUUUUUGUCCCUCCGAUGUUGAUCUAUCCACGUAUUCGAGUGAAACCUGAAUUUUUAGAUAAAGCCUUAAUAGGUUCUAUUUCUGGUGGCAGCAAAAAUGGCUGGAUAACAACUGAGUUGUUUGAAAUAUGGUUUGAUCAUUUUUUACAAGCAGUCCAGCCUCAGUCAAGAAACCAACCAGUUCUUCUAAUUUUAGAUGGACAUUUAAGUCAUAAAAAAAAUCUUAGUGUUAUUAAAAAAGCGCACCACUCAAAAGUUAUUAUUUUAUCACUUCCAUCCCACUGCACCCACAAACUGCAACCACUUGAUGUUUCGUUUUUUAAAAGCCUCAAAAUAUUCUAUGAUCAGGAGGUUAGUACUUGGCUUCGUCACCAUCCUGGUCGUCCCGUAACUGAACUAGAGGUUGGUGAAUUAUUUGGAAAAGCCUAUGGGAAAGCUGCAACUGUUCAAAAUUGUCAGUCAGGGUUCAAAAAAUGUGGAAUAUAUCCAUAUGAUAGAAAUGUGUUUACUGAAAAAGACUUUGCUGCAGCCAAGGCUACUGAUCACACGUAUGUUGUAUCAAAAAUUUCAAAACCAAAUAAUACCUCUGAAAUGCACCCUACUCUCAACAAUGGGUUAGACUCUGCUAAAGAAUUAGAUAAUAUUGAUUUUGUUACAGAUUGUGUUAUUGACACUCAAAAAGAAUCUAUUUCACCAAAUUCAUCAUUUACACUUCAGAAGUCAUCAGAAUUAGCCACCUCACACGAUGAAACCUCGCAACCUUAUGGUGUUACAUUUGGAUCACUAGCUGGACUUGCUGUAGAUGGUGGCGUGAAACAUGUGCUGCUAUAUGUGGUGUUUAUACUAAAAAAGCAUAUAAAUGACACCUUUUUCAGAAGUCCUGGAGAAUAUAUAAGCAAAAACAAUCAAACAGACUCCAUAGUUAUAGAUACAACAAGCGAUUAUAAUUUUGUCAGUGACUAA